AUGGAGCACAUGAUUCACUGCUGCCCUGCUCUGGCCGGUGGACAACGCAAGAUGGUGCGCCGCUAUCGCCUGCUCGGUCUCCCGGCAAUAACUGCUGAUGACUUCCUCUUUCCCGCACACUCCAAGAUACAAGCCCUCCUAGGCCUUCUCGUAGACCACAGACUCGAAGAGCGAACAAAGGCGGCGUUCGCGCGGCUCGAGCGGAUUCCCGUUGUGGUCGGGUGCGUGGAUGGUACGCUCAUCGCCAUCCAGAAGCCCCAUGGCCUGAGCUCCGCGGACACGACGCAUUACAUGUCGCGGAAGGGAUUCUACGCAUUCAACACCAUGAUCACAUGUGAUGCCGACCUGUGGAUUCUGGAUGUCAGUCCAUGUUUCCUGGGGUCAUGUCAUGACUCAUGGGUAUGGUGGGGGAGCCCUCUCCGUCAGCACCUGGAAGCAAAACUGCGGCUUGCUUGGAGACUCCAGCUAUCCAUUAGAACCGUGCCUCCUGACACCAGUGCCCGGACGACCAGCUCCUGGCACCCCUGAGAACUACUACAACAAGGCCCACACCGCCAUGCGCACUGUU